AUGAGCUCUUCCAAAGAGUCAUGCCUUAAGAAUUCAAGCAGCCUCAGUGAAAAUCAUGUCACCACUCCAAAAGUGAUUUUGGAUUUUGAACAAAAGGUUCUUCAUCUAAGGAGUGUGUUAACACCAAUAAGCCCAUUACUGACCCUAAGGAGUAUGAAAGAGGAAAGUAAACAAACCAACAAUCCUGAUUGUACUUCAAUUUUGGAGAGUUCUACACUGGAUAUGGACUUCGAAAGUAUUCAGCACAUGGAAAAAUCUUUGGAAGUAGCAGAAAACAACUUUGAACGUUUAAAGAAUAUGGAGAAGAUCCUUCAAUGUAUGAUGAGACAAGCAAGGUGGGGAGAAUACAGGACUGCAGAUAUUAUAAAUAUGAAGUUUGCACGCUUGACUGCUUCUUUAAAUUCAAGGAAACAGAAACUAAUGGCGGAGUUGGUAAUGAACACCAAUAACUAUGUAACUGAUCUGCAUGGUAUCAAAGCUUCAAUUACAGCAAAAAAAAGCAUUUUGGAAGGUACCAUAAAGAUAGCAAGGAUGUUGAAAUCAACGAGUAACUUAAAGUCUUGUGAAAGUUCAAAUCAGAUUUUCAGGAUUCUGAGCAUGACAAUUGAGGAAGAAAUCUUAAAACUAGAUAAUCUGGAAAAAAGAGGACUUUUAGGUUUUUACAUGGAUUGUGAUUAGAUUACUCAUGUGUCGGAAAACAUGGAGGAAAUUUCCUGUAAUGUCCCUAAUGUGCCCCAUCUUGUAAGCAAUUUUCUAGAAGUGACCAAUAUGGAAAAGGAUUUCAGAAACAGUGCUCUAACUCAAGAAUAUGUAACACGUCAAGCAUUUGAUGAUGACACUUGUAUAGUUCCUUCCCUUCAAAAAUCUGAUAUGUGUCCUGAAGGAAGUUACACUGGGUUCCAAGAGAGGGCUCUGUUAUCCAUCCAGAAAUGUGGUAGUGCUUUUCCAGAAACAGCAUCCUUCCCAGAUGUCACAAUUGAAGAUGAUCAAGAAAAACCUACUGAAUUAGUCAGCUAUGUUCUAAAUCCUUGCCAUUUCUAUGUUUGGAAAGUUUCACAAAAGAAAAUUGCAGUUCGUUUGGAAAAAAUUCUGAAGCUGUUUUGUAGUUAUAAAAGUUCAUCCCCUAGUGAUGUUUUGGAACUCGGUACUAAAAUCUUCAUUGAAAGCAAAGAACAUAGAAUGUGGUGUUGUGCAGAAAUAAUUGAGCUAAUUCCACUGCAGAAUACAAAUAAGGGAAAACCCUGUGGUCCAACUAAAUACAAAAUUUGUGAUAUUGCAAUGAUGAAAGUAUUUCUUACAGAUUUUGGGCAUCCAGAAGUUUUAGUUGUUUCAAGAGUACCUAAUGACGUCAUUGUGAAUCUAGAACAAGUCAAUUUAGAAUAUACAAUGACUGAAGAUUUAUAUUUAGUUGUAAGGAAACCUGAUUUAUUGAUUGGUACACAACUUAAUGAUAUAAAUAAGUUAGCAUUGCAAUGUUCCUUGAAGGACAUCAUUCCCAAACAUUCAACUGAAGGUUGGGAGGAAAGAGCAAGGACAGAAUUUCUAAGAAUGGUAAAUAACAAAGCUGUUUUAAUGAAAGUGUUCAAAGAAGAAGGUGGCGUGCUUAUUGUAGAACUGAUGAAACCUCCAGGAAGCAAGACAAGUAGUGACAUGCCAGUAUCCUUCAGAGAAGUUUUGGUACAUUUUGAUUUAGCAAGAUUUCACAAUAAAGUUUGUGAUCAGAGUGAAAAUAUUGAACCAUUGCAGUACUGUCUGCCUAUGAUACCACAAGAAAAUUCACCAUUUCCCAUUGUUGUUAGUCAUAUCAAUAAUCCUGGUGACUUUUACAUUCAAGAGAUGGAACAAGGCCCAGAAUUUGUAGCAUGUCAAAGCAAAAUUGAGGAAGCAUAUAUAUGUGAAGAUGAAGUUGGCUUGGAAAUCCUCUGCCCAAUACAAGGUCAAGCAUGUGUAGCAAAAUUUAAAGAUGGAGUAUGGUACAGAGCACAGGUAGUUGGAUUGCCAGGCCAUGAAGAAGUUGAAGUUAAAUACAUUGACUUAGGCAAUACUACUAAAAUAAAAGUGAAUGAAAUGCGUAAAAAAAAAGAUGAGUUUUUAGCUCCUCCAGCAAUGGCAAUCAAAUGCAAGUUGGCUCAUAUUGCACCAUGUAAAGGAACAGAUGAAUGGAGUAGUAAAUCAAAGGACAGAUUUGAAGAACUGACCAAAGAUCAAUCUGUGUUUUGCUUUGUUAAUGAGAAAUCUCAAGAUAAUGUACUGGUCGCUGAGCUCUAUGAUAGCAUGAAUGUAUACCCUGAGGUGUCUUGUAGUGUUAACAGCAUUUUGGUUAAAGAAGACUUGGUUUCUUACAUAGAAAGUAGUAUCAAAAGGACUACCAAGCCUCCUAAUGAAGUAUGGGAUCUGUCUUUUGAAGAAAUUUGCAAAACAAAGAAAAAGAUAUUAACAUGUGGAAAUCAAGACUUGUCACAGUUUGCAGAUGUGGAAUUAGUCUGUAACAAAGGAUUGCAAGUGAGCAUUAAUCAUAUUAUAUCACCAAGCAGGAUCUUUGUUCAUAUUAUGUCAUUAGAACCAAUUCUGGAAAGUUUACAGGCGAGGAUGACUGCUACUUACUCAGAUUCUAAGAGUGAAAAAAAUACCUGGACAGUUGAUAUGCAUUGUGCUUACAUAGAGGAUCUGAAUCAAUGGCAAAGAGGCCAGAUCAGCAGGAUUGUUUUUGAAAACAGUGUUGAGGUAAAUAAAGUCAUAAAAAUCAAAAGAAAGAAAGAAAGUGCAACGCUGUCUAACUGGGAAGCCAAAUGA